CUAAAUCAUUCGUCUUUCGUGAGUUCACCUGUAAUCGCCGCUCGCGUCCUCCGUCGCCCGUUUCGCCCCUCGCUCUGCCGCCGCCAGCCUUGACAAUCAGUGCUUCUGUUUUUCUAUAUCAUCAUCAUGGAGGUCGAUAGAGAAGAAAAGGGUUUUGGUGUAUUGGUGAAACAGGGAGCUGAAGCUAGGGUGUUCGAGUCAAAUUUUGUGGGGCGUAGGUCAAUCAUCAAGGAACGUUUCUCCAAGAAAUAUCGGCAUCCACUACUGGACUCGAAACUGACACUUAAACGCUUGAAUGCAGAAGCUCGCUGCAUGACAAAAGCUAGACGACUUGGUGUUCCCACACCAGCACUCUAUGGUGUCGACCCGUUGUUGCAUACUCUGACAUUUGAAUACGUGGAUGGGCUCUCUGUGAAAGAGAUACUCUUAGAUUUUGGUUCAAAUGGUGUUAAUGAAGAAAGAUUGGAUGAUAUUGCCACACAGAUAGGCAAUGCAGUGGGCAAACUACAUGAUGGGGGUCUUAUCCAUGGUGACUUGACUACUUCAAACAUGAUUAUUAAGAGAGAUAACAACCGAUUGGUCCUUAUUGAUUUUGGUCUGAGUUUCACAUCAACUCUUCCUGAGGAUAAAGCAGUUGACCUAUACGUGCUAGAGAGAGCUUUGGUAUCCAUGCAUUCAUCAUGUGGGAAUGUGAUGGAUAAAAUACUCUCAGCAUAUAGGAAGUCUUCUAAACAAUGGUCAUCCACAAUGAACAAACUAGCACAAGUGAGACAGCGAGGUCGAAAGCGUACGAUGGUAGGAUGAACGGUCAGCUCAAGGAUUUGCAUGCAAUCUAGGCAUGUCAAACUAUCAUGCUGUUAUAGCAUAUGUUGGUAUGGUGUGUUGUAGGUGUAUCCAAAAUGGAGAUAUCAUUUUUCAUGCUGGUGGUCGGAGGAAGCAUGCAUCUUUUGGAUUUGUCAUUAAAUAAUGUAUGUUUGCAGCCAGCCCAGCUUCUAUCCAUACUUAGCAUUCCUGGAAUAUAAAUUACUAAUGUUUUAUUUGGCCAGAAA